CUCUCAGGGCCCGCUGUCUCUGGGCGAGCUGUGUGAAUUGAGAGUACCAUCGAGCAGCAAGCAUGUCUAAGAGUGAUCCCCGAGACAUUGACGAGGAUGCCAUCCUCAGGGGCCUCAGCGCCGAAGAGCUGGAUAAGCUGGAGUAUGAACUACAGGAGGUGGACCCUGAGAAUGCCAUGCUUCCAGCCGGGUACCGUCAGCGCGACCAGACCAAGAAAAGUCCCACAGGCCCCUUUGAUCGCUUCGCCCUGAUGGAUUACCUGGAGAAGGAGGCCAUGGAACACAAGGACAGAGACGACCUGGUGCCCUUUACAGGGGAGAAGAGAGGUAAAACCUUUGUCCCUAAACCAGGAACAGGACAAAUCCCUACGGAGGAACAGAUCACUCUGGAACCUGAGCUAGAGGAAGCACUGAAGAAUGCAACAGAUGCUGAAAUGUGUGACAUUGCAGGUGGGCAUCCCAUUUCUACUCAGUUCCUGUUGAUUCUUUUCACAUGA